CGACUUUAGACGAAGGAGGGUGGAAAAAAAAGCAGAGGAACUACUCCUGUUUACAACAACAUAAUGGAGCCAAAAUGGUCAAAUACCAUCUGCAAGCGUGUUCUACUGACUGGAUUUACGCUAUAUGUUAUAUUAGUUACAAAGCGUACAUCGGCGAUCGACAUAUACGCUGACUCUGAAGUGAUUAUGCAGAACGGCACCACAGGAAUCCUCCGAUGCACCUUCAAGUCCAGUGAAGUGGUCAGCAGCUCCACCUCAGUGACCUGGAGUUUUCAGUCGAGUCAGCCAGACAAUAAGUUCUACAAAGCUCCGUACGUGAUUUUCUAUUUUUCCCACGGGAAAGGAUUCCACGGAGCAGUUGAGUUCAAAGAAAAAGUGCAGUUUAUUGGAGACGUCAACAAGAGGGACGUCUCGAUAGAGCUGAACCCGGUUCAGUUCAGCGACAAUGGCACCUUCUUCUGCGACGUGAAGAACCCACCAGACAUCAUGGGAACGCCGGCUCGAACAGAGCUCAGGGUCGUUCUGAAAGAAUCGUUUCCUCAGAGCAACACUGCCCUUAUAAUCGGAGCAGUGUGCGGUGCUUUAGUCCUGCUCGUCCUCGUCGCUGUAGGUGCCUGCGUUGUCAUGAGGGUGCUUCACAACCGCCAUGAUUAUGAAGGAUGUACGUCCUUGGAAAGCGUGAGCUCUCAGGCUCCGCAGCCACGAAAGAAGGUGGAGUCUGGCCGGGAGGGCUCCAAGAGUACCAUUCCCUUGGGUCCACUACAGGGCCCGGUGAUAUACGCCCAGUUGGAUCACUCAGGCAGCAAAAACUCGUUCCAUAAGAUGGAGCCAGUGGUCUACGCUGACAUUCGUAAAAACUGAAGAGGAACUGGGGACCAAAAAAGAAAAAUAAGUAAAACACAGUAAAGUAUCAGACCUCUUUAUCAGCUGCUCUUGGGAUGGGUGGGAUUAUUUCAACAGGGACGUAAUUGAUGCAGUUUUAUUUUUAUUUUUUAUUUUAUUUUUUUUUCAUCUCUUGUCCUCUGAAAGCAUGAUGCUGUUAUGAUAAAGUAAUGUCUCCAUGUACUUUAUUGUAAAGACAAAAAAGAAACACCUUAGUGAACACAACAACACUACAUCAUUCCAUCACAUCAGCCUUGAAGUUGUUCUGCAGCACAGGGAUCAAAGUGAAAAUAAGAAUGCCUUCAUAGAUAUCAUUCCACGUGCAAAAACACUCCUUAAUCAUUGUAACUUUGUGCCUAAAAAAAAAAAAAAAAAAAAGGUUCUGCAGGCUGUUGCACCAGCUGAAGUUUGAUCGUUAACGCCAAAACGCAAACUGUCUCGGCUGCAGGCGUGUUUGAAAAAUAAGUAACAUCACGCGGGAAGAUGUCGACGUCGUCAACACGUGUGAACAAGCAAACAAACAUUUGAUCAUCUUUGAUGACGGUGUAAACUACGGAAGCCCAGAGAGGCAAGUGGAAAAAAAAAAAACAGUUUGUUUUUGUAAUACUCAUUUUGGCCACAAGAAGGUUGAAGUGCAUCACUACCCCAGUCUCUGUAGGACUAAAAGCAUUAAUGUUUUCUUCCAGGUGAUUUUAAAGUUCCUACUGUACUGUAAACACAAGGUGCAAAUAUUAUGUGUUAGCAAGUUAUGUAACGGUACUGUUAUGUCUUUCUUGUGGCUAGAAAUGUAUUUUCUAUGUAUUACAAAAACAAACACAAAUACAAACUGACCAAAUAAAAGGUUUUUUUCCACUUGCCUCUCUGGGCUUCCGUAGGAGACACUGUAUCGAAGGCGAUCGAAUGUUUACUUGCUCAUAUAUGUUGAGAAAGUCGACAGUUUCCGCGGGAUGUUGCUUCAUUUUUCAUGACUGUAAUUGUAAUUAAAGCAUCGUUGCAGAGCGCCACUCAAACAAAACGGGAGAGAAAACCACUACUAACGAAAGCAUCCUAUCACAUGUGAAGUCGCUACACGACGGGACGUGCAUUUGUUCAUUCAUCAGUCGCCUCUGCUGUAAUUUGGCGUUUUUUUCUACUCACUAAGACAAACGCUACUAAUAUCAACACGAGCACACAAAAAAAAACACUAACAAGAACAACAGUAACUAAAGAUAUUCAACAAUGACACCUAAACUUUGACAAGUUCCUGUUACAAACAACAUGUUGGUGGCGGCGGAAAAAUACGCCCAAAUACCAAAUAUGCAUUUGUCAUAAAUGCAAAUUAAUCUGUGACAAAUGAUGCGCUCUGGGUGUAAAUAUCAGAGAAAAUUAAGUUUUAUAUCUGUUACAGCACAGUCUCAGUCAAGACUACAGUCAUCCACAACCACAUCCCAAUACUAUUAAAACAAACUCACUUCAGUUAUUGUCAAAGAAAAGAAUUGAGCUCACCAGAUCUCCGUGUCUGUGCAGCCCGAGGACGCUGCGUAUUUGAAUUCAUAUCUUAAAUCUAUCUCGUAACUAACUUAGAUGUCGAAGCCUGUUUGUGUAAAAUCCACAUCCCGACGUUUUGAAUUUUACCCGCAGCUGGUGCAACAGCGAGCUGAAGCCGCGGGGGCACUUCCAUUCGCAGGGGCGGAUUAACGUAGAGUUAGAUUUCACAUUGCCUUCAGUAACUUUGCAUGUAGUUUAUUAACAUCUACGAGCUGAACUUGGUACUCGUCAACUAGUUGUGAAGCAGAAGAAAAACCCGUGUGACGUUGUGUUACUGUGAAUGCUUCAGUUCUCCGUUUAAAGAAAAACAAGAAAAAGAAACACUCCUGGCAUGUUGUUAAGGUACCUGUUUAAAGACACCGCCUCCGUUUUGAGUCUCACCUCAGUUGAACAUGUUCUUUUUCUGCCUAUAUUUUUGAACUAACUUUUAGUUGCUCUGAUUGUCUGUAUAUGUUUAAAAACAAAAAAAAACAAACAAAAAAAAAAAAAAGUGCAGAUGAACACAUGGUCAGUGCAACCCAGAGAGGUUUUCUUUAUUUCUUCUGCUUGGUUAUAAGUGUGACUUUAAAGAUCAAAAAAACAGUUUGCUGCCGGUGAAAAUUACCCGAGGCAGUUUAUUUAUCAUCUUUAUUUUGAGUAAUUAUGAAUUAUGCAUGUUAAAAACAAAAUGUUCAACUGAGGUGAAACAAGUCUUCCUGUGGAAACACGGGAUGCUUUUCAUUGUUGGACAAAAGAAAUGCUAAAUACACUGUUUGCAUGCAAUUUACUAACAUAACACUCAUUAUUAUGAAAAUAUCCAUCCUUUUUUUUUUUUUUCAUCUAUGUAUUAUGUAAAGCUCUUUUUCCUUCCAAAAUAAUGGGCCAAAUAUCUAAUAUCAACAGUAAUAUUAGGUAAGUUCUUUUUCAGAUGCUUUUAAGCUUUAACAUGCAUUCCACAUUAAAAAGCCAAAUUUAUGUUGUUAUUUUUGUGAACGGUUCAGUUACUUAUGAGAAUGAUAAUUGUGUUGCUACCAGUCUUAAAACAAAACGCCUUCAGCUUCAGCUUGUGAUUCCAAAUGCAGUAAUUUUUCCACGUUGACCAGUAUUUGUAUAUAUUUCUUGCUCAUGUAAGAUAUAGUGCUGUUUACUGUAACUCAUUCCAGUGUGGUAUGGCUGUGGAUGUCUUUCCAGAGGAGGAAAGUAGUUUGCUGUAGAGGUCUAGAAAGUUGGCGGCAUGCGUAAAUGUUCUCUCUUUUUAGUCUUAAUUAUUUGUCACCGGACACUAUCAACGUACACGGUGCCUGCAGGAAGUGUCGAGCCUGGUAGUUGAAAACGGCUCGAAUUCAACUUUUCUUCAGUCGACGGGUUUUACAACAAAAACAGUAAAAUAAUGUGACGUUUCUUGAGCUUUAACUCCAUGUUUGUUUCAAGAAACGACAUGAUAAUAGUUUUAAAAACAGUCUUUAUAACACAAACCACUCGUCCUAAGGUUGAGUCUGAGCCUGUACCAGUGGGUUUAUCCACUGCUGUGCUCACAGUUUGUACUUUACAGCUCUAAAAGUCUGUCACUAUAAUGUCUGUAAAGCCUGAAAAUGCAAACCAGGGAAUAGAGUGGAACUUUAUAAUCACCACCAUGACAGGAAGUAUGUCUUCCUCUGAUCAAAGUCCAUCAAGAAAAGAACAUAAAGUCAGUAAAAAUAAUAAAAUAAAACAACAUGCAGCACAAAUAAACAGCCAUUAUGUGCAAAAGUUGAUAAAUAAUAGAUGAAAAAGGAAGAAAAAAUCUUUGAAUCCUGUAGAUUUUUCACCGUAUUCUAACCUCAUGGUGCAGCCUCGCCGUGCGUUACAUUACUAAACAAGAAUGUGAACACGCUGACGCUGAUGCUGCAUUCACGUCAUAUCAUUUAAACUGUAAUUACAAGCAGCAGAGCGGGGGGAAAAAAAACAAAACAAAAACCAUUCACUUCACCCUCCGACGUUUAAUCCCGAGUCUGGGCUUUUGGGGAUUUCUGACACAUGAUGUUAUCAUCAACAGGCUGUCGGCACAACUGGACACGGUAAAGUCCAACAGUAACACUUGCACAGUCCUGUCAGCUCAUUUUAUAGGAUGAAGAAGAAGCUAAUUCAGGCUCAGUCAGAGUUUGGUGCAUUUAUCUUGUUUAGUAUGUUGACAAGCGAAAGAGUAACUUGAUAUCAUGACUCUUGACUCUUGUGUUGGGGUGUGGUUGCAAAUGUUGCACCUGUAACCACGCCCACUAUUGAUGUCACGGUGUACUGACACGCCACAUCGCUGCAGCGAGAUGUGACUUUAUUUUCAGGUGCUGCUAAAUGCCACAUGCAAACUACUCAUGUCCAUUUUACAUCUACAUCGUGCUUCUACAUUGUGACUGAAAAAAAUUUGAAUUCAGUCCAUUUUUGACCUGACCGUGGCUUCGACACCCGAUACCGCAGGCGCCGUGUGCUCUUCCAUGUCUGUCGUCUCUUUUAAUGUUCGAGCCGUUUCUGUUGGUUCAUGUUUGUUAUUUUAUUAGUUAGCAUGUAUUUCAGUGUAUUCACCAAAAUGAAAAAGAAAACAACCUUUAUGAUACCGACAAACCUUUACUGCUGGUGGCUUUGCUCCUGUCUGUGACGUGUUGCCGUGUUUAGUGCUGUUGUAGAAAUCGUGAUGUAAACUAUAAAUUAUGAAAGAUUUCCGAUCCGACCGAGCUUCACGCGCAAUGUUUGGUUUGUUGGGGUCUUUAAAAUGUUGUGAGUGAGGGCGGGCGGCGGCGUUCACUCCACUCACGGCGAGUCUUAAAGUGCGUGCUUAGUGUUUUUUGAUGGUAAAUAGUUGUGUGUUAUUUGAGAAUUGUUUGGUAUGUUAUGUUGUAAAAUCUGCACUAUGUCUUGCAUAUCAAAGACAACAAAUGCCCUGUGAUUUAAUUUUUUUUUGUUUUGUUUUUGUUUUCGUUCAUCUCUGAAUGACCUUUGGCCUCUGUUUAACGUCCUUAAAACUGGAAUGUUGUACAUUUAGUGCCUUUUACAUUUCAUCAGCUAACUUGAACAUCUGCUCAAAAAUAGAAAAAGAUAAGAUUCAUUUAUUUUCCUUUUAUUGUAUGUAUUUUUUUAUACACAUAAUAUCGCCUCUGUAUCCACUGUUCAAAUUUUAUAUAAAACUUAUUCCUGGCCAAUUA